ACAUAGCAGGUUGAUGAUGAGCUGCUCUAUAAAUUAACACAUCUUACAUGUCGAUCUCUUCAUGUCCUGCAGCCACUGCACGUACUGCCUGCAAGAAUGGCAUUCUCGUUCUUGCCGGAACUACUAGUCAUCUCCAUACUUAUGCUACUUGUAUUUGCAUCCUUAUAUAUCAAGUGUACCAGAUCAACGAAUUCUUUGUCGCCGCCGCUGGACUGGCCAAUAGUGGGCAUUCUCCCUGCCCUCGUCGUCAACGUCCACAGGAUCCACGAUUACAUGGCCACCGUCCUAACUUCCACGGGGAACAGCUUCAUGGCGCCUGUAGCCAGCAUUAUGCGGUUCUUCGUGACAUGCGACCCAGCCAACGUCCAGCACAUCUUCACCUCCAACCAUGCCAACUAUCCCAAGGGCGAGGACUUUGCCCAGAUCUUCGACGUCACGAGUGGCUCCCUCUUCACCGCCGACGGCGAAUCCAGCCGCCGGUUGCGUGCAAGGCACCAGAGCGUUCUGAGCAGCCCACGGCUGCUCGCCUCCAUGGCCAAGUGCUGCCGCGACAAGCUGGAGAAAGGCCUCGUGCCCUUCAUGGCCCGCGUGGCGACAACCGGUGCUCCGGUCGACAUGAAUGAUCUGGUGACGAGGCUUGUGUUCGACCUGUAUGCCACGGCGGUCUUGGGCGUGGACCCCUGUCGCCUGUCCCUCCUCGACAUGCCGCCCCUGCAAGUCGCGGACGCCAUGGACACCGUCAUGGAGGUGGGCUUCGUCCGGCACAUCGUGCCGCCGUUCUGCUGGAAGCUGAUGAGACUCCUGAUGGUUGGCCCCGAGAGGAGGCUGGCGGCUGCGCAAGGCGUGCUUCGCCGGUUCACCAUGGAGAUGGUGGAGAGGAGGAGGAAGACGGCCGGCAGCAAUAUUGGCCCGCGUCUGGAAGCGACGACGGCUUCAUCAUCCAUUGACGACGACGUUCUGUCCAACUACGUCAAUGACCCAGAGUACUACGAAAACGGCGACCAUUUGCUCCAGGCAACGCUCAUCCUCUACAUGAUCGCCGGGAGGGACACCAUCGGCACGACCUUGCCGUGGGUCUUCUACAACCUCGCCAAGAACCCACACGUGGUGUCAGGCAUUCGCAAAGAACUUGAACCCAUCGCGUCCGGCAAAGCAGCUGCCUUCCUUGCAAGCUCUUGUAUAUUUGAGCCAGAGGAGCUCAAAGCCCUGGUCUAUCUGCAAGCCGCCAUACUGGAGUCCCUCAGGCUGUACCCGCCGAUUCCAAUCGAACGUAAGACUGUGGUCAGCAGCGACGUGAUGCCGAGUGGCCAUGAGGUGCGUGCUGGCGACAUCGUCCUCGUUUCCAUCUACUCCAUGGGUAGAAUGGAAGAUCUGUGGGGCCCGGAUUGCCGGGAAUACAGGCCGGAGAGGUGGCUCUCAGAGGACGGAGGCAAGCUGCGGCACGUGCCGUCUCACAAGUUCAUGGCGUUUAACUCGGGGCCAAGGAUGUGCAUUGGCAAGGACAUCGCCAUCAGUCAGAUGAAGACCAUCGUCGCCGCUGUGGUGUGGAACUUCGACGUGGAAGCGCUGGACCGUCAGGAGGCCGUGGAGCCCAAACUGUCGUGCCUUCUGCAAAUGAAGCAGGGGCUCAAACUCAAAGUCCAGAAGCGCCAAAUGUAGUACUCCUAUAUUUGGGAUCUAGGUCGGCCAUGUUCAACUGUGGAGUCCUCUGCAAAUGAAGAAUUGGCGCAAAGCCGCGGACUAAUUGUCUGGAAGCAAGAAAUGUAAUAUCCUUUCGUUUCAAAAUAAGUGACGUGGAUUUGUAUCCACGCAUUUAUUUUAAGACGGAAGGAAUAUACAGUAGUACCAUCUUCAGAUCUAGGCGAGGCAUGCAAACAUAUACUACUAGUAUGAAUAAAAUGCAAGCGGCAAGUUCUGGUGUUUUAA